AUCAAACCUCAAACAAGCAAAGAAUUCCUCCUUGUAUCUCUUUCUUCCAUUGCAACAACGAUUUCCAUGAUAUUCCAUGUAUUCUUCCUCUUUUCUCUAUGUUCCUCAGAUUAUGGUAUAUUACGAGUCGCUUCAUUAGGCAUCAACUAUGGUCAAGUUGGCAGCAAUUUGCCACCACCCGACAAGGUUCUUGAACUGUUAAAUUCUCUUAAGAUCACAAAAGCAAAAAUCUACGACACCAAUCCUCAAAUUCUGACAACAUUCGCCAACUCCGACGUUGAGCUCAUCGCUACAGUUGAAAACCAAAUGCUGUCCGUGGUAAUGGAUCCCCAACAAGCACUUCAAUGGGUCAGCACCCACGUCCAGCCUUAUUUCCCGGCCACGAAGAUCACCGAGAUAUCGGUCGGGAACGAGGUGUUCACCGACGUCGACAAGUCCCUUGUCGGAUAUCUUGUUCCGGCCAUGGUCAGCAUCCAUGAUGCUUUAGUUCAAUUAGGACUAGACAAGUACAUUCGAGUUUCCACACCCAACUCAUUAUCCAUUCUUCAAGAAUCUUUCCCACCGUCGGCCGGGUGUUUCAAGAGCGAAGUCUCGGGGAUCAUGUCGGAGUAUCUUCAGUUUCUGGCGAGCACUGGCUCCCCGUUUUGGAUCAAUGCAUACCCUUAUUUCGCUUACAAAGGUGCCCCGGACAACGUUAACUUGGACUAUGUUUUGUUCAACAAAAAUCCGGGCAUGGUAGAUCCUUACACCAAGCUACACUACGAUAACAUGUUGUACGCACAGGUAGAUGCUGUCGUUUACGCGAUGUCUAGGUUGGGUUAUGGAGGGAUCGAGGUGCGGGUGGCGGAGACGGGUUGGCCGUCGAAAGGGGACCGUGAUGAAUUCGGAGCGACCCCGAUGAAUGCAGCCGCUUACAACAGGAAUUUGGUGAGGAGGCAAAUGAGGAAUGAGGGGACACCCUUGAGGACAAAUACGAGGCUUGAAGUGUACUUGUUUGCUCUGUUCAAUGAGGAUAUGAAGCCCGGACCGACAUCGGAGCGAAACUACGGUCUUUUCGAACCCGAUGGAACCAUUGCUUACAAUGUGGGACUCUCUGCCUUGUCCACAACUUCAUCAACGUCAACUUCAACAUCAUCCUCUUCGUCAUCAUCUUCUUUUUUCCUUACGUCUUCUUCAGAUAAGGCAGCGAAAUUGGGAUAUCAAAGCUUAGUCUGUUGGAUGUUUGUGUAUUUGCUGGCUCUCCAAGUUUUACCAAGACAACAUUAAAGCAAAAUGGACAAUGCAUGUAAAUACUACCCUUUGGUAAGAAAAGAAAAAUUGGAUCAUCUUAUCCUUCCACAAGACCACUUGAUCAAGAUGAAAGACAUCA